CUCCCCCAUUUCAAGACCUCUAGAUACGCCACUGAUUAAAGAUUGUUGAAAUAAAUAAAUAAUAAGUUUGAUUAACACUCCAGAGAGAUCCAUUAAUUUCGUCUAUAUCAUACCAUAGGUGGAUUUCACAUCGUCCCCAUUUGCAACAUUGACUGGAAAGUUCUUUUUUGAUGCUGAAAUGGAAGGUGUUCGUGAGAACGUAACUUUUAUAUACAAUCAACUAUCGGAUGGAAUCAUGGCAAAGGUUGGAACAUGGGACCAGUAUCAUUUUCUAAAUAUUUCAAAUGGACUGACCAACCAUACAAUUGAGCUAUCAAAUAGAACACUUGUUGUCACUACAGUACUGGAAAGACCGUAUGUAAUGGAAAAAGAAUCGAGUUCGACUCUUGAAGGAAAUGAUAGAUACGAAGGGUAUUGUAUAGAUUUACUGAAAGAAAUAGCAACAUCCAUCAAAUUCGAUUACAAAAUAAAGCUUGUGGGAGAUGGUGAUUACGGAAAAGAACUACCAAACGGCUCAUGGAAUGGAAUGGUGGGAGAGCUUGUUAGAAAACAAGCUGACUUAGCUGUAGCACCCCUUACAAUAAACUACGAUCGAGAAACUGUGAUAGAUUUUUCAAAGCCAUAUAUGCAUCUAGGCAUCAGCAUUCUUUAUCGUGUACCCGAGCCUCAGGAUCCGGGUAUUUUUUCUUUCCUUGAUCCACUCUCAUUUGAUGUUUGGCUGUACGUGCUGUUGGCAUUUUUCUCCGUCAGUAUUACAUUAUUUGUUUUAGCACGUUUUAGCCCUUAUGAGUGGUUCAACUCGCACCCUUGUAACCCAGAAUACGACCGCGUGGAAAAUCAGUUCAACUUACUUAACUGUAUGUGGUUUGCAUUCGGAGGUCUCAUGCAACAAGGCUCUGAAAUCAACCCCAGGGCCUUUUCCACACGGGUUUUAAGUGGUUUCUGGUGGUUUUUCUCCCUGAUCUUGAUAUCGUCAUAUACCGCAAACUUAGCUGCAUUUUUAACAGUUGAGAGGAUGAUAUCACCGAUCCAGAAUGCCGAUGAUCUAGCUGCGCAGACAACCAUUAUGUAUGGAACUCGAGCAGGUGGCUCUACAUUAUCUUUUUUUGAGGAGUCUACAAUCCCAACGUAUAAGAAAAUGUGGGACUUUAUGUCAUCGAAUGAUGAAGUACUCAUGAAGAACUACUCCGAGGGCAUCAAAAGAGUGUUAAAUAGCAAGAACUAUGCGUUUCUUAUGGAGUCUACUAUGAUCGAAUACAUCGUAGCCGAAAACUGUAAAAAUCUGACACAGAUUGGUGGAUUAUUGAAUUCCCGAGGUUACGGGGUUGGGACACAACUAGGUUCUCCGUACCGUGAUGAAAUCACUAAAGUGAUUUUAAGACUUCAAGAAGAUGGAAAAUUGCUUGAAAUGCAAAAUACAUGGUGGAAGAAGGAACAGUGUGAACGGGAUGAUGCUACAAAGGAGGACGCCAACGAGCUAGGCCUGAAGAAUAUAGGAGGCAUAUUUCUCGUGUUACUGUUUGGACUAGCUGUUGGUGUCUUCUUAGCUUUCGGUGAAUUUCUUUGGAAAUCGAGACAAAACGCUGAAUUGGAUAAGAAAUCAAUAUGUGCAGAAAUGGCGGCAGAGCUUCGGUUCGCGCUGCGGUGCAAUUCCAAAAAGCAACAUAGAAAAUCAUUUGAACUGGAUGGCUAUCUAUCACCACCAUUUCAGAGCGCAAUGAACGGCCAAACCGCUCAGAUGAUGGACAGUUUAACGGUGUGAUGUUAAUGCAGCGUUGCUGAGACUUUUUUUAAAAAAAGCAGGCGAUUCCUUCAUUUAACGUCAUCUAGUUGCUGGAUUUGAUUUCUCACCAAUUAUCUUUUAAUAUCGCAAGAUUUUAUCAUUUGCCAAGAAAGCCAAUGUUCAAUGUGUUAAUUGAUAACGCUGAUAAGCUGAAGCUGUCAUCCGGACAAUAAGUAUUAGCACUACUAUGAUACAGCAUAUUUUUUUUUUUUUACGCAUGUUUUUGUUGAAUCGCACAGCUUCAUUUUGCCGCCAUAUUGUACGAAGACGUGCUGGCCACAUACUCUUUAGGAGAAUCAGAAAUAGAUAUAGUUGAAAGUAUAUUGUUCUGAAAUUAUCUAUGGCGGUAAAAAUUGAUUU